AAGGCUGCGUGUCUUCUCAUCUGUAGUUACAGCAAACAAUGUGGUUAUACAAAUAUUCUUAACAAGUCCUUUGGUUUCUUUAGAAGUGAUUUCUAGAUGUGAGGCUGAGUAGUUCAAGGGUACGUAAGUUUCUUUAGUGGGUACAGUGAGACUGAAAGCCGUAGGUUAAUAUGCCGCUUUGCUUUUUCAAGGAAUGCAGUAAGAAAACAAAAACCGAGGACCAAGAAGAUGCGUUGGUCGAUGUGACGAGUCCGGCCCGGGGGAAGGAAGAAAAGGGAGAGUUCCAUAAGUUGGCUGAUGCCAAAAUAUUUCUGAGCGACUGUCUGGCAUGUGACAGCUGUGUGACUGCAGAGGAAGGGGCCCGAGUUUCCCAGCAGAAUGCCAAGGACUUCUUCCGCGUUCUGAACCUCAAUAAGAAAUGCGACACCUCGAAGCACAAAGUGCUGGCAGUGUCUGUGUGUCCUCAGUCCUUGCCUUAUUUUGCUGCUAAAUUCAACCUCAGUGUGACUGAUGCAUCCAGAAGACUCUGUGGAUUCCUCAAAAGUCUGGGGGUGCACUACGUGUUCGACACCACCAUCGCUGCCGACUUCAGCAUCCUGGAGAGCCAGAAGGAGUUUGUACGGCGUUACCAGCAGCACAGCGAGGACGAGCGGGCACUGCCCAUGCUGACCUCUGCCUGUCCCGGUUGGGUCCGGUAUGCUGAGCGGGUUCUGGGGAGCCCCAUCACUCCCCACCUCUGCACUGCCAAGUCCCCCCAGCAGAUCAUGGGCCUGUUGGUGAAGGACUACUUUGCCAGACAGCAGAACCUCUCUCCAGAUAAAAUCUUCCACGUCAUCGUGGGCCCUUGCUACGACAAGAAGCUGGAAGCACUCCGAGAGGAUGUCCACGCAGCCUCGCACACCUUGCAGGGUGUGGACUGUGUGCUGACGUCAGGUGAACUUCUCCAGAUAAUGGAGCAGAGUGACCUCUCAGUGAAGGAAGCUGCUGUUGACACUCUGUUUGGAGACUUGAAGGAGGCGGCGGUGUGGCGCCCCGACGGAGCCAGCUCAGACGGGUACCUGGCCCAUGUCUUCCGGCACGCGGCUAAGGAGCUGUUUGGCGAGGACGUGGAGAAUGUCACCUGUCGAGCCCUGAGAAACAAAGACUUCCAGGAGGUGACCCUCGAGAAGGACGGGGAGGUCGUGCUGCGCUUUGCUGCGGCGUACGGCUUUUGGAACAUCCAGAACACAAUCCGGAAGCUGAGGAGGGGCGAAUCCCCAUACCACUUUGUGGAGGUCCUUGCGUGUCCUGGAGGGUGCCUCCGUGGCAGGGGCCAGGCCCAGGCCGAGGAUGGACGUGUGGACAAGGCCCUGCUGCGGCAGAUGGAGGGAAUCUAUGCCGAGAUCCCUGUGCGGCCCCCUGAGACCAGUGAGCAUGUGCAGAUGCUGUACCGGGAAUGGCUGCACGGGGCCAACCCCCACAGGGUGCAGGAAGCCCUGCACACCUCAUUCCCGAGCCCUGGGCUCGCUGCAAGCAGCUUAGACAUCAAGUGGUAGAGGAGGAGGAGUCGGGGCGGCGUCCGUCCAGCUGCCCUUGUCGGGCGGGGAUGCUGGGAGGGGAGUGCUAGAGAUGGCAUCAAAGAGAACAAGUCAGCUGGUUACUUGGAUUUUCAGAAUCCUCUCAACUCAGCUGCCCUGUUUAUUUGAGGCUCUCCCGGUUUACUGUGGUGCUAGCCUCACAACAUGGAUGGCACCGAAGUAGUUGAACGUGAGAGAAGGCGUCCCCAGCACAAGCGUCCUCUUACCCGAAGACCGUGGUAAAACCCCACUGAAAAGAACGGAGGCAGACAAGUGUUUUUUAGGUUUGAAAACCAAUCCAAACA